AUGAAACUCCGGUACGCUAUGGUAUGUUCAUCGAAUCAGAACAGAAGCAUGGAGGCUCAUUCUCUGCUUAAGAGGCACGGAUUUGAUGUCUCCUCUUAUGGGACUGGAGCUCACGUUAAGCUGCCUGGACCUUCCCUAAGAGAACCAAACGUCUACGACUUUGGCACCCCUUAUAAGCAAAUGUUCGAUGAUCUCAGGCGCAAGGACCCUGAACUUUACAAGCGAAAUGGGAUAUUGCCGAUGCUUAAAAGAAAUUCAGGUGUGAAACUGGCACCUCAACGUUGGCAAGACAAUGCUGCUGAUGGUUCCUUUAAUGUGGUGUUCACAUUUGAAGAAAAGGUUUUCGAUAUGGUUCUUGAAGAUAAUAAUGAGUUUUGCAGUUACCCUGUUCAUAUGCUUGGGAAUUAUUCACUUUUAGCUAUUGAUGAGAAGAGCCUGUUGAUUGGGAUUUCCUAUCUCCAUAACCGUGAUCAUGUUCUUUUGAAAAGUGUGCUGGUGAUUAACUUAGAAGUAAAAGAUAAUCAUGAGGAGGCGGCUGUAGGAGGUCAGCUCACUUUGGAACUGUGCCAAAAGAUUGAAGCAGUUGAAUCAUGGGAGGAUUCCAUUGAUGAUAUUAUCACUGCAUUUGAGACAAAGCACCGGAGGAAGCUGGUGUAUAGCAUCUCCUUCUAUUGA